UCCACUACUAUAAGAUUUAACUCCGUGCUCGCACUAUUUAUUUUAAAGCAUUUCGGACAACCUAAAAGUCUCAACAAAUUAUUCGAUUUUACGCGUAUUCGACACAUAAUUCAAAAGAUACACAAUAGUUUACAUUCAUAUAAACGUACUGUAUUCCUAAAAAUGCAAAAUAAUACUGGUACGAAACUUGGAAAAAACUAGUGUACGUGAAUGCGUCUUAAUGUAGCGCUGGACGCAAGGCUAGCAAUGGACAAAUUUGAUGACGGACAAUGGAAGAAACUAAGGGACUGCAGUGACUACUGGAGUGAAUACAGACACUGCAAGAGCUUUAGGAAUCGUUUCCAUCACUACUACACUUAUGGUACCUCUCCACACUGCCAGCAGUGGAAAGAGGACUACUACAACUGUAAAGCGUUUGAGAAGAACGCAAGCACGGAUGCAAAGGAAGCAUUGCAGAAAAGUGAAAGGGACCGAAUAGCAGAGCAGAGGAAGUUUCCCCCAGUCUGGGAGCUGAGACGAGACCCACCCAGUGACUGGCACCUGCCUCUCAACCAUGAAAAACCUCAGGAAUCUUGAACACUUAUGUGACACUGUAAAUAAAUUAUGUACUGUCUACAAAAAGUCUAACCUUAUUCCUCACGGGCAUUUUUUUUUCCCUAUGCUGUGUUGUUUUUCUGUCU